AUGGCGACAAAGGCAUUGCAUUUGGAAGUCGUCAGUGACCUGUCUACCGAUGCGUUUUUAGCAGCUUUGAGAAGAUUUGUAGCAAGAAGGGGAAAAUGUAGCGUCAUCUACUCGGAUAAUGGUACAAAUUUCCAGGGAGCAGCGAGAACCUUGUGCGAAUGGUACAACCUGGUACGAUCCGAGGAACACAACCAUAAAAUUUCUUCAACAUUGGCAGCUGAUGGUAUCAAAUGGGAAUUUAUACCACCACAUAGUCCUCAUUUUGGGGGACUCUGGGAAGCGGGGGUAAAAAGUGUUAAACAGCACCUCCGGAGGGUAUUAGGGAACAAUGUUUUGACCUUUGAGGAGAUUUCCACUUUACUUUCUCAAAUUGAAGCAUUAUUAAAUUCCAGGCCACUUUGUGCUAUUUCCGAUACAGAUUUGAACCCAUUAACACCAUCUCAUUUCCUUAUAGGUAGACCAUAUACGGCUAUACCGGAGCCCAGCUGCCUUGAGAUACCACUAAAUAGACUUGGAAGGUGGCAACUCAUACAAAAUAUGAUGCAAGGAUUUUGGCGUCGAUGGCACUAUGAAUACCUAACGUCACUUCAAGAGCGCGCUAAAUGGCAAAAGAAGACCCCGAAUUUUAAAGUUGGUGACCUAGUAGUUAUAAAGGAGCCAAAUAUUCCACCAUCCAGAUGGGCGCUAGGACGAAUUCUAGUCCUUCAUCCCGGCGAGGACGAUCUGGUGCGUGUUGUGUCUCUUCGCACCAAAAAUGGAAUAUUCAAGCGACCAAUAACGAAACUGGCUAUUCUACCUUGUUCCUGA